AGCGUUUUUCGUCUUGAAUUACUAAACACCUAUCGACGACUGUUCAUUAAUUUUUCUCUAAAAUUUUUGUCAUCCUUAAGGGUUAGUAAUACUUUUUCCACUAGAAAAUACGUAACUAUAUAGGAAUCUUUCUAUUAAUCGCAGAAGGGAGUAGCCGUAACCGUAUAAACUUCGGUGAACUUCGUAUAUUUUCGGAAGCUUCUAUAGCGCCAUCUUGAAGGCGGGAGAACAUACAGGUAUAUAAGAGGCGUACGCACAUGUUUUUCGGUCAUUUUACCAGGUUAUCGGGGAGUAUAUUUUCCGGGACACCGACGUUUAUUCUUCGAAUCAUAGUGGUGAUCCACGUUGGAAGAAGAAAAUCUACGAUAGACUAAUCAGUAUUUCCUAAGUUUGAAAGAUCGAAAGAAUACGUUUAAGAUAAUGGCUGACUAUAUAAUUAAUGACACGAUACCGGCAGACGUACCGUUGCCGGAAGAUGGACUUUCGCUGGCACAACUGUUUGCCAACGGCGAUGGACUUACAUAUAAUGAUUUCAUCAUUUUGCCAGGAUAUAUUGAUUUUACCGCAGAUGAGGUAGAUUUAUUAUCACCGCUUACUAAGAAGAUUGUAUUGAAAGCUCCGUUGGUUUCCUCCCCAAUGGAUACUGUUACGGAAUCGGAUAUGGCAAUUGCCAUGGCUCUGUGUGGUGGAAUCGGUAUAAUACAUCAUAAUUGCACGCCUGAAUAUCAAGCCAACGAAGUCCAUAAGGUAAAAAAGUAUAAACACGGUUUCAUUAGAGAUCCAGUUGUACUUUCACCUCAGCAUACUGUUAAUGAUGUAUUAAAUGUAAAAAGUGAACAUGGGUUUUCUGGUAUUCCUAUCACUGAUAAUGGAAAAGUAGGUGGUAAACUUCUAGGCAUUGUUACCUCCAGAGAUAUUGAUUUCCUUGAAGAUUCGCUUAAUCAAAGAUAUACAAAAUUGGAAUCAAUAAUGACAAAAUUAGAUAAUCUGAUCACUGCACAAGCUGGUGUAACAUUGCCAGAAGCUAAUGUUAUUCUUGAGAAAUCAAAGAAAGGAAAACUUCCUAUAGUAAAUGAAAAAGGAGAACUUGUUUCAUUAAUGGCAAGAACUGAUUUAAAGAAAAAUCGCAGCUACCCAAGUGCUAGUAAAGAUGCAAAUAAGCAAUUGUUAGUAGGUGCUGCAAUUGGAACACGUAGUUCUGAUAAACAAAGAUUACAGCUUUUAACAGCUUCCGGUGUAGAUGUAGUUGUAUUAGACUCAUCUCAAGGAAAUUCAAUAUACCAAAUUGAAAUGAUAAAAUACAUUAAAUCGGAAUAUCCGGACUUGCAAGUUAUUGCAGGCAAUGUAGUAACUACUUUACAAGCUAAAAAUUUGAUAGAGGCAGGAGCUGAUGCAUUGCGCGUGGGUAUGGGAUCUGGAUCUAUUUGUAUUACUCAAGAAGUAAUGGCAGUAGGUAGACCGCAAGCUACCGCUGUCUAUAAAGUAGCAGAGUAUGCAAGGAGAUUUGGAAUACCCGUUAUAGCAGAUGGUGGUGUACAAUCUGUUGGCCACAUUAUCAAAGGUCUUAGUUUAGGUGCAUCGAGCGUUAUGAUGGGAUCAUUAUUAGCUGGAACUACAGAAGCACCCGGUGAAUAUUUCUUCAGUGAUGGAGUUCGUUUAAAGAAAUACAGAGGAAUGGGUUCUUUAGAAGCCAUGAAUAGGGCUGAUGCAAAGGGUUCAGCUAUGGAUAGAUAUUUUCACAAUGAAAUGGACAAAUUAAAAGUAGCUCAAGGUGUAAGUGGUUCAAUAGUGGACAAGGGAUCAGUUUUCAAAUUUGUUCCUUAUCUAUUAUGUGGUAUAAAACACGGAUGUCAAGACAUUGGUGCAAAAUCAAUGUCUACUUUAAGAUCCAUGACGUAUAGUGGUGAAUUAAAAUUUGAGAGAAGAACGUCUUCUGCUCAGCAAGAGGGAAAUGUCCAUAGUCUGUUUUCCUAUGAAAAACGUCUAUUUUGAACACGUAAUUCAUAAGAGAUAUGUAUACAACAAAAGUACCUGCAUUUAACUGCAUAUGACUACUAUGGGUAUUGAAAAUGCUGUUAUAUAUUAAUAUAUUAGGUCGUAAUAUAAAUAAGUUCGCUUAUAUUCACUUAGCGUUUAUACUUAUUUAUCUUACGACCUAAUAGUUAUGGAUUUAUUCAUGCGCUUUACUAUAUUUUAUUAUUAAUAAAAAUACAAUUUUAUUAACGAUGAAUGAUGCAUAGCAAUAAGUUUGUGUUAAUAUUAUAAAUUAGGUAUAUUAUGUUGUAUUGUGACAAGGAAAAAUUUGAAAGAAUAUCUCUUCAUCUGAAAGCUUAAACCUUUCUAAGUUUUGAGAUGUUAAUAUGAACUCUGUUCUAUCGUUUUUUAUUUUUAUUUUUAUUUCUAUUUUUAUUUUAUUUUUUUUUAUUUUUUAUUUUUUUUUUUUUUUUUUUUUUUUUUUUUUUUUUUUUCCCCCGAUAGUAAUCUUGUUGGCAAUCUUUGUAUAUUUGAGUAAGUACAUUUCAGUACUGAUAGAAUGUACAAAGAAAUUCUAAAAAGUUGAAAAUAGAUUAUUGUUAAUUAUUUUAUUGGUUGACUAUUGUAAAUUGCUGAUAUGUAUUUAUUGGUAUUGAUAAAACACUGUAAUUAAGUGAAACGUUUAUAUUAUAUUGUUUAUAAAUAAUUUUUCAUAAAGCAGAGCAGUUACAUGUACUUUGUACAUUCAUUAUCAAGAAAAAUCUCUCAAAUUGAAAAUCUCUCAAAAAAAAAAAAAAAAAAAAAAAUUACGUUGAUAUUUUCUUUUUUUUUUUUUUGUUUUUAACUAAAAUAGCUAAUAUUUUAGUUUUGACAUCAUUGUUUCUAUUUACAAAUUAUAGCAUCUGUAAAUAUAGCAUAAUUUCUUUUAGGGAAAACAUAUAAACAUGUGAUUCUUUUAAUCUUUCCAUAGUAUUAGUUUUCUUUUAAUGUUUCUAAUUCAUAACUCUAAAGUAUGUGAACAAAAUUGUUUCAUACAAGAAAAUAUUGAAUUUUUAUUUUUACUUGAAAUAUUGCAUAUUUAGAAAUAUGAAUUUGAAAAUUAUUUAAUUAUACUUAAAUAUUAUAAAAUAUAAAAUCUGACUGAUUUUUGUGGAACAAAAAUAUAAUUGCUACAUCAAAAAGUAGUAAAUUAUAUUGAAAAAUGUGGUGGGAUGCUGAAGACUAAUUAUAAUUUGCCAAAAUUUUACACUUAAUCAUGUAUUUUGAUGUAAUUUACAAAUUAUACGAAUACUUUUAUAGCUUGGAAUCUGGGUUAAAUCCUUCAAUAUUAAAAAUAAAAAUCUUAAAAUCCG